AUGGCCUUGAGUUCUAGUUUCCUGCUGGAAUUACAGCAUCCCUUCUUGAAGGCUCAGGAGGAGGUAGAAGAGGAGGAUAAAUAUGAGCUGCCCCCCUGCGAGGUUGCGCCCCUCAGCCUGGCCCCUGCACAGUCUCUUGGCUCUAAAGAGGACUCCUUGUAUCUGGAUCGUCCUGGGCCUCUCGGUCCGUCCAAAUCAUCGCCAUCCCUGCCUCAGCCUACCGUGGCCAGAGGACUCCCCACAAAUCCUUCGUUCCCUUCGCGCCCUGCCUCUGGCUACCAUUUCCCGCUGAAGACGGCCAUGAACCUGCAGCCUGAAACCCCAAAGCAGGGACCUGGUUUUGGAAAGCGAGGGCGAGGAGCACCUGCUAGAGUGGUAACAGACCUUGAAGAGAAACACAAUGAGGACAUCUACCUGGAGUGUGAGCCGGAGCCACUCCCAGCCUUGACUAGGACUCCAAGCUCCAAAGCCCCGAUACCCCCAGAACCUCUGCCAAGAACAUCUGGAUUGCCCAAGUCCAUGGUUGCUCACCGGGAGUCUUGGAAGGGAACGGUGGAUACCACGUUGAAAGGGUCUGCACUAAAUCGGGAAGCUGCUAGUGUGUGUCCCAAGAUCAGUUCUCAUUUGGAUGUCACGCAAGGACUGUCUGGUGGGUCCUCCAAGAGUGCCCAGCCUGGGAACAGACUGGCAUGGCGCCCUCUGCUGCUGCCCCUGCCCAUAAAGUCUUACCCAAUCCCUUCCUGGCUCCAACUCUCUUUUCUGCUUCUCUCAGCAGGGCGGAGGCUGUCUGCUUCCUCUAUAGUCCCUGCCCCGAGCACCUCUGCUGCCGAGGAUAGGAGCCUCCGUGGUCAGCCUUGGUACUCAGGGAACUGUGACCGCCAAGCUGUUGAGAGAGCCCUGCUUCACUUCCAAAAGGACGGAGCCUAUACUGUGCGUCUCAGCUCUGGGCCUCACAGUUCACAGCCCUUCACUCUGGCAGUGCUCCUCAAAGGCCGGGUCUUCAACAUUCCCAUCCGGCAACUGGAUGGCGGACACCACUAUGUCCUGGGCCGGGAGGGCAGGAAUCAUGAGGAGCUCUUCUCCUCCGUGGCCGCCAUGGUUCAGCACUACACCAAGCACCCACUGCCCCUUGUGGACAGACACAGUGGCAGCCGGGGAUUCACCUGCCUGCUCUUCCCCACCAAGCCCUGA